GAUCACCAGCCCUGUGCUCUAUGGGAUGUUCCCCUGAGGAACCUAGCUGUACCAGGUAAGACAGCUGGAUGGAUCACCUGCCCUGUGCUCUAUGGGACGUUCCCCUGAGGAACCUAGCUGUACCAGGUAAGACACCUGGAUGGAUCACCUGCCCUGUGUUCUAUGGGACGGACGUUCCCCUGAGGAACCUAGCUGUACCAAAUAAGACAGCUGGAUGGAUCACCUGCCCUGUGCUCUUUGGGAUGUUGCCCUGAGGAACCUAGCUGUAACAGGUAAGACAUCUGGAUGGAUCACCAGCCCUGUGUUCUAUGGGACGUUCCCCUGAGGAACCUAGCUGUACCAGGUAAGACACCUGGAUGGAUCACCAGCCCUGUGUUCUAUGGGACGGACGUUCCCCUGAGGAACCUAGCUGUACCAGGUAAGACAGCUGGAUGGAUCACCUGCCCUGUGCUCUUUGGGACGUUCCCCUGAGGAACCUAGCUGUACCAGGUAAGACAUCUGGAUGGAUCACCAGCCCUGUGCUCUAUGGGAUGUUCCCCUGAGGAACCUAGCUGUACCAGGUAAGACACCUGGAUGGAUCACCAGCCCUGUGUUCUAUGGGACGGACGUUCCCCUGAGGAACCUAGCUAUACCAGGUAAGACACCUGGAUGGAUCACCAGCCCUGUGCUCUAUGGGAUGUUCCCCUGAGGAACCUAGCUGUACCAGGUAAGACAGCUGGAUGGAUCACCUGCCCUGUGCUCUAUGGGACGUUCCCCUGAGGAACCUAGCUGUACCAGGAAGCCAUAAUGCCAUAACCUACUGUCUGGAUAGGAGUGACGGCUCCCCUGUCGACCUGACCCAACCUGAUUUGCUGCAGAAGCUAGACAAAUACAUGAAGCCCCUGAUACGACCGUUUGUUUAUAAAUGGGCAGUUACACAGGAGGCGACAGUGAAGGAGCAGCUAGACUGUGGGGUCAGAUAUCUUGACCUGAGGAUCGCACAUCGACCCAACGACACCUCUACUGACCUGUACUUCUACCAUGGAGUGUACACUACACUCACUGUAGAGACCGUUCUUCAGGAGAUCAGAUCCUGGCUAGAUGUCCAUUCUAGAGAGGUGGUUCUGCUGUCCUUCAGUCACUUCCUGGGUCUGAACCAGGACCUCCACACUGGACUUAUAUCCACCAUCAGAACCAUCUUCAACGCCAGGCUCUGUCCAACUACGGAAGUGGUGACGCUGAGGAACCUGUGGUCGUUGGGUUACCAGGUGAUUGUCUCCUAUGAGCACAGCAUGGUCAGCCUCUAUAGCGACCUUUGGCCUCACAUCCCCUACUGGUGGGCCAACAAGUGUAAAGCCGAGGCUCUGAUCGAGGAGUUCGAACACAGGAAACAACAUGGCCGCCCAGGAGGGUUCUUUGUGACGGGCAUCAACCUGACAGAGGAUCUGAAGUACAUCUGUUCUCACCCCACUGAGUCUCUGAAGGACCUGGUGAUGUCUACCUACCCUGCCCUGCUCUCCUGGGUCAGGGGCCAGAGCCCCGGGUCCGAGUCCCACUCCCUCAACAUCAUAGCUGGGGACUUUGUCUCAGAGAGCCACUUCGUACCCACCGUCAUCGCACUGAAUCAACAUUUAGUCCACUGCACUGGUCCUUGUGAUGUUAGCAGAGGAAACUGACCCAUCUGCUGUGUCCCAAAUGACACCAUAUUACAUCUGUAGCCCAUAGGCCUCUGGUCAAAGUCGUGUGUGUAGGGAAUAGGGUGCCAUUUGGGAUGCAUUAUCUGACACAUCUUAUUGCACAGAAUACCAUGUUUUAACUAUGCUGUAGAAGAGGAUGGGACUGCAGCAUGAUACCAUGUUUUAACUUAAUGCUGUAGAAGAGGAUGGGACUGCAGCAUGAUACCAUGUUUUAACUAUGCUGUAGAAGAGGAUGGGACUGCAGCAUGAUACCAUGUUUUAACUUAAUGCUGUAGAAGAGGAUGGGACUGCAGCAUGAUACCAUGUUUUAACUUAAUGCUGUAGAAGAGGAUGGGACUGCAGCAUGAUACCAUGUUUUAACUUAAUGCUGUAGAAGAGGAUGGGACUGCAGCAUGAUGUAAUAGAACUUUGCUUGUAAAAAAAAAAUACAUUCUGAUAGGAUAUAUUUGCACAAUUAUAUUGCCGACAGUGAAAUGUUUGCCUGUUGAGCUCCUCUCUUCUCUUCCUGCUCUCUUUUUUCCCCCUGAUCUGCACUGAUUUAUUUAUCUGUUUACUUUGGACUUUUGUUAUCUUGUUUACUAGCCCUAACCCUAACAUUCUAACCCUCUAUCCCUAACCCUCCUCUAACCCUCCAGACCUAACCCUCUAUCCCUAACCCUCCUCUAACCCUCCAGACCUA